AUGCCCGGUACCAGUGCUUGGUGCCCGAAACUCAGCGGUCGGUACCAGGGGUUCAGUCCCCGGUACUCGUUGCUCAAUGCCCGGUACCCGGUGCUCAAUGCCCGGUACCCGGUGCUCACUACCCGGCCAGAACCUGACUUGGCCCAGCACAAACAGAACAUCAGAGUCUGUUUAGGGCUGCUUGAAAUUCUUACACACGACCACAACGUCCCCUUGAGCAGUGGAGCAGCAAAAUGGGACAAGGCAAUGUCCCCAAGGGCAGGAGGAGAGCGGAGAAGGUGCUGGGCUGGCGAGCACAGCCCGGAGCCUCUGCAGCUGCUCAGCCACGGUCCCUCCCCUGAUUAUCCCAGCCUGGAACCCUCCAAAGCAGCCUCCAAGGGAAUUUUCUCCAAGAAGGAAGAAGUGGACGAGAACGGCGACGCCAACAUGGAAGGGGCUCUGAUAGCCCGGGAUAAGGUCGGGGUGCAGGAUUUUGUGCUGCUGGAUUCCCACACCAGCGAGGCUGCUUUCCUCAACAACCUUCGCAAGCGCUACCAGGAGAACCUCAUCUAUGACCGUCUCCUGCUCUCCAACCCUGUCCUCGAGGCUUUUGGGAAUGCAAAAACCCUGCGCAACGACAACUCCAGCAGGUUUGGGAAGUACAUGGACAUCCAGUUUGAUUUCAAGGGAGCUCCGGUGGGAGGGCACAUCCUCAGCUACCUGAUUGAGAAAUCCCGAGUUGUCCACCAAAACCACGGAGAGAGGAAUUUCCAUAUUUUCUACCAGCUGCUGGAGGGUGGGGACAAGGAUCUGCUCUGCUGGCUCGGGCUGGAGCGCAACCCCCAGAAGUACACGUACCUCAUCCAGGGUCGAUGUGCCAAAGUGUUUUCUAUCAAUGACAAGAAUGACUGGAAAGUAGUCCGGAAAGCUUUUUCCAUCAUUGACUUCACUGAUAAAGAUACCGAGCAACUCUUUGCCAUCGUUGCCACCGUCCUGCACCUCGGGAACAUUCAGUUUGAGGAGGACAGCAAUGGCCACGCCAUCAUCCGCGACGGCACGCAGAUCAAGUGGAUUUCCAAGCUCCUGGGUGCUCACCUGUCCAUCCUGCAGGAAGCUCUCACCCACAGGAAGAUUGAAGCCAGAUCUGAGGAGGUGCUCAGCCCGCUGAAUGUGGAUUUGGCAUUCUAUGCCCGGGACGCCGUGGCAAAGGCGAUUUACGGAAGGACUUUCACUUGGCUCGUCAACAAAAUCAACAGUUCUCUUGCCAACAAGGAUUCAACUCGGAAAACAGUUAUUGGCCUGCUGGAUAUUUAUGGCUUUGAAGUGCUGGACACAAACAGCUUUGAGCAGUUCUGCAUUAAUUACUGCAACGAGAARCUGCAGCAGCUGCUGAUUGAGAUGACCCUGAAAGCAGAGCAGGAGGAAUAUGAACUGGAAGGGAUUGAGUGGGAACCAAUCCCRUACUUUAACAACAAAAUCAUCUGUGACUUGGUUGAGCAGAAGCACAAAGGAAUAAUCUCCAUCCUGGAUGAGGAAUGCUUACGGCCUGGCGAAGCGACUGAUUUGAGCUUCUUGGAAAAGCUGGAAGAGAAAGUAGGAGAUCAUGCCCACUUCGUGACGCGCAAGCUGGCGGAUCAGAAGACGCGGAAAUCCAUCGAUUAUGUGGAUUUUCGCCUGCUCCACUAUGCAGGAGAGGUCACCUAYUGUGCCAUGGGAUUUCUGGAGAAGAAUAACGAUCUGCUGUACAGAAACCUGAAGGAGGUGCUGUGCAACUCCAAGAACUGCAUCAUCAGGGAUUGUUUCCUCCUGUCAGAACUGGACAACAGGAGGAGACCGGAGACUGUUGCAACCCAGUUCAAAAACAGUCUGACGAGUCUGAUCGAAAUCCUCAUGUCCAAGGAGCCCUCGUACAUCCGCUGCAUCAAACCCAAUGAGAACAAGGAGCCUGGGAAGUUUGAUGAUUUCCUGAUCCGACACCARGUGAAGUACCUGGGGCUGAUGGAGCACCUGCGGGUCCGGCGGGCCGGCUUCGCSUACCGGCGCAAAUACGAGCUCUUCCUGCAAAGGUACAAAUCUCUCUGUCCAGCCACCUGGCCGCACUGGCACGGGUCAGCAGCAGAGGGUGUGAAGAGGCUCAUCAAACACAUUGGUUACAAGCCUGAGGAAUACAAAUUAGGAAGAACCAAAAUAUUCAUCCGUUUCCCCAAGACCCUGUUUGCCACRGAAGAUGCCUUUGAGUACAGAAAGCACCUGCUGCUUUCCAGACUCCAGGCCAAAUAUAAAGGAUUCCUCGGGCAAAGGGCRUACCAGAAGAAGAGGAAAGCAGCCAUCAAGCUGGAGGCCUACUGGAGAGGAGCUCUGGCACGGAGAGCGGCCAAGAAGAGGACGUGGGCAGUGCAGACCAUCAGGAAGUUCAUAAAUGGCUUCAUCAAUCGCAAGAACCCCCUUUGCCCGGAGAACAGGGACUUUGUGAGGCUUUCACAGUACUAUUACCUGCUGAAGCUGCGAGAUCACCUUCCAAAAAAUGUCUUGGACAAGAGCUGGCUCCAGCCUCCCUCCAUCCUGGAAGAGACAUCAGAGUUGCUCCGGAAUAUCUGCGUGAGGAACCUGGUGAGGAAAUACUGCCGAGGGAUCCCUGCCGAGAGGAAAGUGCAGCUGCAGCAGAAAGUGGUGACCAGCGCUGUUUUCUGCGGGAAGAAGGAGGGAUACCAGGAGAGCCUCACCCAGCCCUUCCUGGACACCCGCCUGAAAGAGAAUGAGCUAAACCCCAAAGUGCUGCAGCUCAUCCGUGGGGAGAUCAUCAAGUACGUGACCCCCGUGAUAAAAUACGACAGGAACGGGUUCAAGGCGCGGGAGCGGCUCCUGGUGCUGACCCAGAGCUCGGUCAACAUCGUGGAGAUGGCCAAGAUCAAGCAGAAAAUCGACUAUUCCAUCGUGAAAGGGAUCUCCACCAGUAACCUGAGCGAUGGGAUCGUGGUCAUUCACGUUCCCGAUGACAACAAGCAGAAGGGAGAUGUGAUCCUGCAGUGUGAGCACGUCUUUGAGGUGGUGACCAAGCUCUGCAUGCUGGCCAACAAGGAAAGCGUCGUUAAAGUGGUGAGGGGAAGCCUCCGGUUCCGCUUCGGCUCGGGGAAGGAGGGGAUCAUGGUGUUCGCCGUGGGGCCGGAGCCUCAGGUCUUCAAGGACAAAAUGGGACAGCUGAUAGUGGUAUCAAGGAAAAGGUCUUGA